GCUGUGACCCAGGGAACGCCGUUUCUGUGGUAACUUCGCUGUGCGUCCUAAGAGUCGUUGUGGAGGGCUGCGUCCUGUAGCUGCGGCUAGGGUGGAUAGAGGUGUUCUUCCUGGCAGGAACUCAAGGACUGGGUCCAGGGCAUCAAGGACGCAUCAAGGAUAAAAAAUGUCAAUACUCACUUCUCCAAGAGGAAAGGUAGAAGUUGUUUAUUGCCGAAGAACAGAGUCACAGGAUAUUUAUUGUAUCCAAAAUCUCAUUAGAAAAUUUACCCAGAAGCUGUUUGGGAGGCUUAAUAUCAUCUAUCUUCUGGAGAAGGCAAACCUUGCCAUUACUCUCUACAAUGACAAGGAGGAAAUCAUGGCCCAGGCUACCUUCCUGGACUAUCCCAACUGGAAUGUGGCCAAGCAGGAUGACUGGGUGUCUUUGUUCCGGGAGCUCGACAGUGACAUCCCAUGCACACCUCUGAACACAUUGUUCAUGCACCUCUUUGUGGCUGUGGAUGAGUAUUCUGUUGGCUGCUGCAAAGAAAUUAUUCGGACCGUGUUCAAGGCAGUGCCAGAACUGCACUUCAUCUUUCUCAUAGUGCCAUCCUACAUGAGCCUAGGCUCAACUCUUAUAACUGUGUUUGACCAAGUGGGGAACAUUCCAAGUCUGACAUAUGAUGAGGACUUUGCUGUGUAUAUAUGUCACAGGCACAGUCAUUACCCUCAACUUCACAUUCGCAAAGCCAGGGUGGAAGAUCAUGAUGAUCUCAUGCCAAUAUUUAUGCACCAGGACACAAUUUUGAAAGCAACUUAUGGUGAAUACUUUCUGGCUGAACUAAUAGAGGCACAAGACAAAGAUAAUCAUGCUGUCGUAUGUGAGGUGGAAGGUGUAGCUGUUGGGUUCAUGAGUGUGUGCUCACGAGUGAACAUGCAGCUCCUACAUGAGUGCUUUGACUUGGUUCUCUUCCAUGGAUUCUGCGUCCCACAUCCCGAUGAUGUUUUGGAACUACCACAAGAGCUAAGUGUUCAAGGAAGUCAAGAUGCUGAGCUCAGGAGUGGCAGCCAGGAUUUCCAGAAAAUAUUGGAGGAGCCACAGGAACCUGUCACUCCAGAGGGCAGGGAAAGGGAAAGUAUUCAGGAAAAAAUCACAGAAGAAGCCGCAAUUGAGGAACUUUUACCAGUAGUCCAAAGUGGUACUACUAGUGAAAUAGAGGACUUGGGAAAUCCUGGUCAAGUCCUAGAUACUGAAGAUACCAAUCACUGUGUCAGUGAUAUGAGCUCAGCAUCCAUCUCACUGCCUGAGGAGACCAAUUACUUCCGCCCCAUCUACAUGGGAGCCUCUUCUGCUUUUUGUAUUCAGCUGUUUUGUAUUGAUGAGAAACAUGAAGCAAGGUCAUUGGACUUUAUGGAUUUUGUUUUCAGUCUCUUUCCUGACAAGAACUUCUGCCUCAUUUCUCUGCCACAUCUCACCCCAGAGUUUGCCCUUAUCCAGAACUUUGUGAAGAUAGUCCCCUUCAACAACUGCACUGUGGAACAGGAUCUCUAUGUUUUCCAUCGGGCUGGAUUGCUCAAGACCAUUAAUAUAAGAUUAGCCAAUUUAUCAGAUACUUCUGGUGUUGAAAAUCUCGUCAGCACUCUCAUGCUCAAUAAAAGCAUAUUGGAGGAUCUAAAGCAAUACAAUGAGGCUCGCAGAGAUCCUGAUGGAACACCACUGCAGGCAUUUGUAGCUGAUGUGGCAGAACAAAUUGUUGGCAUUGCUGUGAUCAGAAAUGAAAUGGAUAUAGAGUACAUACGAUCCCAUUACAAUAUUGAAGAUUUUAUCUACUUCAGUCACCACCAGCAUGAAGAACACGGACACCUGUAUCACUUUGCCUUGAACCCCAUUUUUCGGCACUAUACCAAGUUUUUUCUGAAGGAGAUACUCCGUUUAGGUUUUAAGUCCUGUCUCUACUACCCUGUUUACCCAGCUUCCAGGGAAGGCAAGUUCCAGAGCUCCUACGCCCAUUCCCUGACAUCCGCCCUUCAUUACUUGGUUCCCGUGCGACCACGACGACAGAUUGUCUAUCCUCUGGAAAAGCUUGGCAUCAAUGCUCCAUCAAAGGCGGUCUCCAAGGAGCUGUUGAGUUAUGCCUUGAACCAUACAAACAGAAAACUAACGCUGGAACCUAAAAUAACUGUCAAUGCCAGGAUUGUUGUGGUUGGAGCAUCCAGUGUUGGAAUUUCCUUCCUAGAGACAUUGGCAUUUUGCUCUCACCUGAAGUUUAGUAAUCUCACACUAAUUUCAACCAAUGGACUCCCUGGAAAAAAACUUCUGGACACUGAACAAAGGAAGUUUUUAGCAAGCGACCACUGUUUUAAUGAUAAAGAUCAUGCAUUGAUGUCACUGUGCUCCUGGGUCAAUGUGGUGGCUGGUAGAAUGACUGCCAUAGACCGAGCAGCCAAGCAUGUCGUGGUUUCCCAAAAAGAAAUCGUGCUCUAUGACCACCUCAUCCUCUGCACCGGACAGCAGUACCAGGUUCCAUGCCCUACAGGAGCUGAUAUUAGUCAACACCUGACAAACAGAGAGAUUCCAAACAGCAGUAAACAGCGAUAUACUGGUAAAGUUCCUUGUAAUCAUUUUAUUCUCAAUGAUGAAGAAGACUGCUUGAAGGCCUUGACUUGGAUAAGAAACAACUCUAUCAUCACAGAAGGGAAUGUCAUUGUCUAUGGGGAUACAAUUGACACUUACACCACAGUGGAAACACUCUUAAACCUUGGCAUAAGGGGCUCCUGCAUCCACUUUGUGCAACCUCCACCCACCUCCACCAUCACUUGCAUCAACAACUACUCAGUGGAAAGUGCAGUGGAGGACGCGCUCCAAGCAGCAGGGGUUACCAUUUACCGAGAGGCACUCCUGGCUCAGUGGAACGAGGGUCAAAACCCAGACCCUAUUCACAACGCCUGCUUCACCACGCCCACCAAGCCUUUCAAACUUCCGUGCUCUAUAUUCUUCAGUUUCUGUGAGAAGAAUGUAGAUUAUGAAACGUUUAAAGCACUGAAUGAUGCAUGCCUUGUCUAUGAUGGUCGACUUGUGAUUGAUACAAACUUCCACACCAACGACAUAGCCAUCAGAGCUGCUGGCUCCCUCACCAAAUUCUCCAAUAGAUAUUAUUCAAAUGAGUGGACUCACAGCAGCUUCAGUUCCAAAGAAGUUGGCUUCCAGCUGGCAGCAGCUAUGCUCAGUAUCUUUGAUCCAACCCUUGAACCUGUGACAGAACCACCAGCUGAUCUCGACCAACUCAUCCCCAUGUACAAGGGAGCAAAGAUCCAAGGAGGCAUUCUUCCUGGGUCUUACCAUUAUCUGCAUAUUGCAAAACCUGCCAUUCUAACUCCCUUGGAAGUACAAAUGGCCCAGCCUGAUUUUGGUUCAGAAGUAGUAGAACAGGUAAUCCGAAAAUGGGAAUUACUUCCGAAUACAUGUUAACAAGUAAUAAAAUGGUGGAAACCAUCACGUGGCCUUUCUAAGGAGGCUUUUCCUACCUCUAACUACAUUUGCUUGUUUGGCCAACACGAGCAAGUCCUCAACAACCUGUGUGCUCGGUAUGAGGACAACAUGAUCACAGAUCUCUACAGGUAAAUUGGACCAAGUAUUUCACUAAGGAAAAAUACAUAGUGUCUUAUGAAUAAAGGGUGUGGUUUCUGAUGCACCAGAUAACAAAACAGGAAUCCAUGGGAAAAGCUAGAGUUGGCAGAGUAACACAAAGUGUUAUUUUGUUCUACUAUAAUAAAGAAUAUCUGACCAUUAGCAUCAACCAGAAGGUGGAGAGUCAUGUGGGGAAAUGCAUGGACUCCAGAUGUGCCUACACAUGGCUCCCAUGGUCACGCACAGGCCUUGCUCCCAGGUACAGCAGCACCAGCAUUCACACCACAGGUGAGCCUGGAUGAGAUGGUUUUCAAGUUCCUUGACACAGGGCUGUUGAGAACAGUGGUCAGAAAAAAAUAUAUCAAUUUAUUUUGCCUUCUUUGAGUCAGAAGUUUAGGAGGUAGUUAGGGAACAGGACACAGAAGCACUUGGUUUUGGUGGGAACUCCACAAUCAGACUGUUCAUGGCCCCAGCCUUCUUCCACAUGGCUUGUGCUCAAGCAGGGAAGGGCAGCCAUUUGUCCAAGAUGUUAAGGGGAUUCUGCACUGGCAAGUUGGUUUGACUGGGUGAUGUAGUUCUUGGUCUUUCAACUUUAAAACACUGUUUUAUCCUAUAAUUCUAGGAAGGCUAGAAUUUUAGAGUAGAAAACUACUUCUAGAUAUAAUCUGCUGCUUAGAAAGGUUAGGAGAAUUUUCAGAGCUGGUACCAGAUAUAGAUGCAGGAUAUAAGUUCUAAAAUUCUAGGGUAUUUAAUAUCCAUUGGGGUGAUUUCCAGGAUCAGAAUCAAUCUUUCUUCCUUCUUAUUUUUUUAAUAUUACAGAAUACACUAUAUAAACAAAAAAGUAUAUAAAACAUGUAUGUAUAUUUUAAGGGAUAAUAUUACUAAAAAUCUAUCUUCCUAGCAACUACCUUAAGAAAGAAUUCCUUACUUUAGGACAUUAGAAGCCCCUCUCUGGUUACAGCCCCCCACCCUGUCUCCUUGGAGGUAACCAUUAUCCUGUAGUGUGAGUUAAUCAUUCUCUUUCUUUCCUGUAAAGCAGGAAUCAGCAAACUUUAUCUAUAAUGGACCAGAUAGUAAAUAUUUUCUGUUUUGCAGGCCAUAUGACUUCUGUCACAAGUACUCAAAGCUAUCAUUAUAGUAUGAAAGCAGCCAUAGGCAAUAUUCAACUUUAUUUACCAAAACAGGAACCAGGCCAACCCUUGAUUUGGAAAUGUGCCACAUAUAUAUUCCUAAAAAUAUAUAUCAAUUUAUUUUGCCUUCUUUGAGUUAAUUCUGUGGCUUACUUGAGAAAGUCAACAGUGUUUAUCACUAUGUUUGUAAGGCCCAUCAUGGUAAUGUUUGCAGCUGUAAUUUAUUUUCCCUGCUGUAUAGUAUUCCCUUAUAUAACUGUGUCACAGUUCAAUCAUCUAUUUUCCUAUUGAUUGAUAGCUAAAUUGUCCCCAGUUUCAUGCCAUGCCAUUACAAAUACUGUUAUUGGCACUGUGGACAUACCUUAUCUGCAAGAAUUUCUCUCAGGUGUUCCAGGUGAUGCUGAAAUGUUCUCCAAAGUAGCUGUAACUAUAAACUCAGCAGGACACAAGAGCACCUCCACAGCCCUGGCAAGCCUUAGUAUGGGUAGACUUUAAAAUUUGGCUGUUCUGGUGGGUUGAAAAGGUGUCUUCCUACAGUUUUCCCUUUUCUGAUUAAUGAUGCAGUUUAAUGCCUUUUCAUUUGUUCAUGGAUCAUUUGUGGUAGUUCCUAUGAAUGCCUGUUUAUGACCUUUGUCCAUGUUUCAUCUGGGUUGUUGUCUUCUUGCUAAUUCACAGGGGUUAUUCAUAUAUUCUGGAUGCAAACUUGUGUUGGUUAUGUAUCCUUAAUAUAUCAUCUCCUGUUUUGAGUCUUUUCACUUACCUUAUGGUGUCAAUUAAAAGGUAUUCUUAACUUUAAUGUAAACUGUUUGUCUUCUUUGGGGUGUUCUAGAUACUUUUGUCCCUUUGCUUUUCUAAUAGGUUUAAGUAAAUUUGUUAAGCUUUAUGAAAGGAAAUGUAUUUGAUAGAAAAUGCAUUAAAUCUUAUAUUAAUUGGGUGAGAAUUGACAUCUUUGUUAUUAAGUCCAACAUCAUAGUGUAGUAUAGAUCUGGAUUUAUUUAGGUUUCCUUAACAUCUUUCAAUAAAGUUUUAUCAUUUUCUCCA